AUGGAGGAGGCUGGACUUCUACCUUCAUCUCCUCUCUUCGUAAAUUUCACGUCUAUUUGCAUUCUUCUCUCACUUUCUCUCUUUUCAGAUGGCAACCGAGUGGAUUUAUCUCGUGUGUUCGCCGUGUCUUUCGCCGGUUUUGUUGCCGUCUCUAACGCCUUGCUCCACCGACACGCUGCGUCGAAGCAGGUGGAGAAAGACGACAAGAUCAUCCCGAAGCUUGAACGGACAGAAUCUGGUCGCGUCGGAAAGCUGGAGAAGUUCUCCCAUUAUGUUGCUAUGCAAAUGGGAUUUGAAGACCCUGAGAAAGUUCCUGGGCUAUGCAAGUUGGCUAAUGACUUCCUGAGAAAAACCAAAGACUGUGAGGCAAGCAUAUAUGGAUAUUUUGAUAAGGAGGAUGGAGCUGAAUCUCUUUAUGAGAUGUUGAUUCAUGAGUUCGACAGAUGCAUUCUCACUUACUUUGCUUUUCAUUGGAACCAAGCUUCUGCUGUGAUUAGCCAGGCAUUAAGCAGUGAGCCUGGGAAGCAAACUCGGCUGAAGGAGGUCGUGUUGGCUGCUACGAGGAAACUGAGGUUUGAGAGAGUAACAAAGGUUUUGAAGGUAACAAGGGUGUUCUCUACAUUGGUAGAGGAGAUGAAAGUAGUAAGAGGAGAAUCCCAAUGCACAGAUGUCAUGGUCCCGAUGGCCCUCGGUGAGAGGAGUCCUGUCCUGCUGCUCAUGGGUUGGGGAGCGGGUGCUGGCAAGAGUACUCUUCUUCAAGACAUUCUCAAAGAGCCAUUCUGGGAAAGAGCAUCGAAAAAUGCUGUGGUGGUUGAUGCAGAUGCUUUUAAGGAGUCUGAUGUUAUAUACGAAGUCCUUAAUUCUAGGGGCCACCACGAUGACAUGCUCCAAACUUCGGAAUCGCUCAUAGGAUGGAAGGAGGGGGAGCAGAAUCUGCUUAUGGAUCUUGAGGAGAUCAAAUGCUUGGAAUCCAUAGGGAAUCUGAAUGCUGAAGCUGAUUCCAUCUACGAACUGCACAAACCAUCCAGCCCUGCUCUGGGGCCCGGUUCCAUCUGGAAUGACAUAGUUUUGUCUCCUUCAAGAGAAACUGAUCAGAAAGUGUUGAGGGGUCCCAUUUGGAAAAUUGAAAAACUCCCCACAAACUAA